AUGCCCGCCAACGUCCAACAAACCGCCUGCAAUCGCCGGCCCACACCGGACGGGUACUCGAACCUGAUCGACAGCUGGAGCGUCGGCCUCAUGCAGGGCACCCCGUUCGACGCAGACCCGCCGAACACGGACAUCCAUACCAACAUCACGACCCGCCGGGUGCGGUGGACGCUCCUGCACGAGUGCGAGGUGAGCGAGCAGACCGAGCGGUUCAUCCGCGCGCUCCUCGCGUCUUCCCUGAGCGAGUGCAUGUCGCUCAGUGUGUUGUACCACCCUUGGCUCGUGACCGAGGCCGAGCUCGAAGGCGCGCCCCAGCCCAUGACUCCCCCUGCGCUUCACGCCGCGUCGCUCCAGUCGCUCCCCUCCGCCCCCUCCAUCGCAGAUGGUGCGCCGGCGGCGAAGCUCGAGCACACCCCUCCGCCCGCCGCCCCGCUGAUGGGACUGCCCGGGACGGCGUCGCUGCUCCGCAUGGAUGGCGAGCAGCGCUCCGCGGCGGGCUCGCACAUGUCCCUCGACGCCCCGAGCCUCAUCCUCGCCGACGACCACGUCCUCUCGGGUACGCGGUCCGCCACGAGCGAGGGGAGCCAGCGCGGCAAGCUCCAGUGGCGGUCGGAGGUGCUGUCGCGGGGGCAGCGGGUGUGCGAGGAACUCCCGGCGCCGUCGCAGGACACGCUCGAAGACGACACACGGGUCGGAAGGUCGCGGAUGCGCAGGGGAGUGAAGCGCAAGUCGCUGCCUGAGGAGAGUGACGACGAAGGAUUCGGAUACGCGGCGCCGCUGCCCCCGCAGACGCAGGAGCAGGACGACCCCGAAGAGGAGUCGCGUGUGGCAAAGCGGCUGCGGACGGAGCUGUCGAUGUCUGUCGCGGACGUGGACGGUGCGGACUAG